AAGAGAGAGAGAGCAAGAGAAGGCAAGGGCACUUAAACUAUUCGCGUCAUUCGCUGACGUUUUCUGAAGAUCUCAUCAGUUCUUUGUCGCCACUCAAAUCGCUUUAUUCCUCAGACUACGGAAACUUCAUUCAAUAAGUGGCUGGAUUAAUUUAUAAAGGGAUAUUUCGACAUAUAAUUCUGGUAAAACGGACCGUAGCCGAGGGCUCUGUGCAACUGCUCUACUAAGGCAGAUUUCUGUCUGGCACUAAAGCGGCUCCAGUUUUGGAUUUGCUACCUAGUUUUGGAUCUGUUUAGGGGAUCCUUUCGUCCUCUCGUAACGUCUAAAUCUAUAUUGAAGAUCACAUCAUGUGCAGACAGACAUGAUAUUUAGAAGAUAAGGGAUAAAACGUAGACAACAGCCUUUGUUAAAGCCUUUUUGCAGUCGGAUCAAGGAUUGUGUGGAUAUUUUUUUUUUUUCUCUAAAGAAAACGGGACAGCUUCGUUUUUUUCCUCAUGAAUAUAUAGCCUAAUUCUAGGAUUUAACUAGGCUAUUUACUGCCUCCAAAUUCCACAGAAAACCAACUCAUAACCAUAAGCGUAAAAUAUAAUAUGUUACAAUGUUUAUCUUUCUACAUAGGCUACUGAAGGAACGGAACGAAUGUAGCAUUUAAUGUUCACUGUAGUACAACGUUUUAACAUUUUCUCUAUGCUGCUAUAUUAUAUAUGUGUUCUAUAUGCUCAACAUUCUUACAUUGACAAAGGUUUAUAUUUCGAUAUAGCUACAUAUUAGUCGGACCAUUAUAGGUUUAUAAUUCCGUUAAGGUGAUGGUUCAUUUAUCCUUACAGGGAAGGUUACUAUCACGACAGGAGCCUUGAUUUUUUGUUGUUGCGGGUUUUUAUUUUAUUUAUUUUUAUUUUUUAUUAUUAAAGACUGGCGUAUGCUACAGAUUUUAUUUGCUUCUCAAACUCCCAGUUUCUCCAUAAUAUUAUCUCAGGCUGCUUGUCGUUGCCUGUACACGGAUCCCGGAAUCUUCAUGAUUUGCGUACAUCAUGCUCGUUUUUUAGCCGGGAAACCCUAUUUUCGUCCCGCAUGUUUAGGACCAAACGAACGGGGCUCGUCCGGCGACUCUGGAGGAGCCGUGCGCCCGUCGAGGGCGACGGGGAGGCGGAUACACGAACGCAUGGAUCCGGGGGUUGCUGUAUGGGUAAAUCGACGAAGGUUGCUGGAAAAACUAGCACCGGAACGGAGGCUGAAUUGAAAGCCUUGAUCAACUCGAUACUGAAACAAAUAAAAGAGAAACAAUUAGAGGGGCUCUUGCAAGCGGUCGAGUCAAAGGGGGGUGCGCGGAGCCCCUGCCUGCUCCUACCCAGCAAAGUGGACACCAAACUGGAUCAGCAGUCUUAUUCCCUACCCUUGCUGCUCUACAAAGUGUUUCGGUGGCCGGACCUCAUGGAUUGCUCGGAAUUAAAAAGGCUAUCUUGCUGUGAAUCCUAUGGGGAAAUUAACCCAGAACUCGUUUGCUGCAAUCCGCACCACAUGAGUAGGCUUUGUGAACUCGAGUCCCCCCCUCCUCCUUAUUCCCGAUAUCCAAUGGACUUUCUUAAACCACCCGAUUCUCCAGACUCAGGGCCUUCAUCCACAGAGACUGGAGGAACUCCCUACUCUGCCCCUGUGGGGCUCUCAGAUUCCCAAGCUGUCCAGGAGUCGGGCGACAGAUCCCACUGGUGCAUGGUUGCGUACUGGGAAGAGAAGACCCGCGUGGGGCGCCUCUACUCGGUCCAGGAGCCUUCUCUGGACAUCUUCUAUGACCUACCUCAGGGGAACGGCUUCUGCCUGGGCCAGCUCAGCUCCGACAACAAGAGCCCGCUGGUUCAGAUGGUGCGGACCAAGAUCGGCUAUGGCAUCCAGCUGAGCCGCGAGCACGACGGGGUGUGGGUGUACAACCGCAGCUGCUACCCCAUCUUUAUCAAGUCGGCCACACUGGACAAUCCCGACUCGCGGACUUUACUGGUGCAUAAAGUGUUCCCCGGCUUCUCCAUUAAGGCCUUUGACUUUGAGAAGGCAGACAGCCUGCAGAGGCCUAAUGAUCAUGAGUUCACACAGCAGCCGAGGACUGGGUUUACUGUACAGAUCAGCUUUGUGAAGGGCUGGGGCCAGUGCUACACAAGACAGUUUAUUAGUAGCUGCCCAUGUUGGCUGGAGGUCAUAUUCAACAACCAAUAGCAGCAACGGAUGACCUUUGGAUGACCUUCCUUCCCCCUCUUCUUCCCCGUUCUCCUCAUCCGAGGACUAGAAGAGAACGGAGGACACAGACUAGUCCGCACCUUUCCUUUUUUCAGAAGAAAGAAAGAUGUUUCAAGAAGAGACAAAUAAAACCCAAUAAACUUGUUUAAUAUGACAAAUGACUCAAAGAUUUAAUUAAAGGUGAAAUGAAAAGCGAAAAUGUAUUUUAUGUUAUAUAUAAAUAUAUUAUUACUUGUAAAUAUGAAGACGUUUUAUAUGCAUCAUUAUUUAUGUAUUGUGCAAUGUGUUGAUGAGAAAAUAAAAUAAGAUGCACUUUGCUUAAUAUAAAUACAAACAAAGAAAUGCCAAAAUAAAUAAAAGACAAAUGA